AUGCCUGGGAAUCAGCUGCACGUGCAAACCAAGUACAGUGCAGAAACCAAUGUGCUGGUGAUGGAAUGGGAGGCAACAAGAGCACUGCUUGUGUCCGCAGAAGUGCUUGAUACUGCAGUGCUGCUCGAGCCUGUUGUACUGCUAGUCUUGCUUGAGCUGCCGGCAACGGCAGCAGCAGCAAUAGGUUGGCUCAACGAGCUGCUUAUUGCCGCAGAACUAGCCGACGAAACCGUGUCAGAGCUGGUGGGAGAACUGCUAGAGGAGCUGCUCACAGAGCCGCCAACACAUGUUCCGAGACCUGCAUUAGUUGUUGUACUGCUAAGGGAAGCUACAGAUGUACCACCGGGAAGCGAAGCAGAAAGUAAAGCAUUGACUGUAGAAAUGCUAGAAAGGAGUGUAGUUCAGUUGCUGGUCGACAGGGCAGCGAGACUGAUUGAUAGUAUUGAGCCACUAAAGGGGCUGGGUGAGCUCUAG